AUGUCGAACUUCGUCUCGUCUCCCAGAAGUAUCCCUUCGGAUGCCGCGAGACUUCUAAAUUCCUCCCAUGUUUCGUCGUCGUUGGGCAGAUCUGCCAAUUCUCCACUGAGUGGCCAGCCUAACGUCCAGUAUAGUGACAUACUGACUUCUGCCAAAGAGAGGGAGUUGAGGAUGCCAGCGCUGGUUCGUAGUGCUGUUGAAGUGCCUAAGGUUGUUGAUUUCACUGGUGAAAAAGUCCGUGAAUCCUUUGAACAGUUUAUCGAGGAGUACGUGGACCAGGAAAGUGCCGAUGACGAGUGGAAUGGAAGAACUUACCUCGCUCAGAUCGAGUCCAUGCGUGUUUUCGAAUAUAACACGUUGUAUGUCGACUACCAGCAUUUGGUUGGUAGAGAGAAUGGUGUUUUGGCCACGGCCAUUUUGGAACAGUACUACCGUUUCAACCCAUUCUUGUUGAAGGGCUUGAAGAGACUCUUGAAGAAAUAUGCUCCAUCUUUGCUUUACAUGAGUUUGUUGGGCAACAAUGAUGCCAAUGGAGGUGCCGACACGGAGGCUGGCUCUUCGAGCUCCUCGGGCGCUACUUCCAACGAAAGAGUUUUCCAGAUCUCUUUCUUCAACUUGCCUGUCACUCACAGAAUCCGUGAUAUCAGAACGGAGAAGAUCGGUUCUUUGAUGGCCAUCUCUGGUACUAUUACACGUACUUCCGAAGUUAGACCUGAAUUGCAUAAGGGUUGCUUCACUUGUGAUCUUUGUUCUGCUGUUAUUGAUGGCGUGGAGCAAGUCUUCCGUUACACUUUGCCAACAGCAUGCCCAGGCUGUACCAAUCAGACAUUAUUCACAUUGAAUGUUGCGAAGUCCCAGUUUAUCGAUUGGCAAAAGUGUCGUAUCCAAGAGAACUCCAACGAAAUCCCAACUGGUUCCAUGCCUAGAACCUUGGACGUGAUUUUGCGUGGUGAUGCUGUCGAAAGGGCAAAGCCUGGCGACAAGUGUAAGUUUACAGGAACUGAGAUUGUGAUUCCAGAUGUCUCCCAGUUAGGUUUGCCUGGUAUCAAGGCUCAGUCGAUUAAGGAAAACACAUCAGCCAAUCAAAACUUGAAUUCCUCCAUCUCGGGUUUAAGCAAUCUUGGUGCCAGGGACCUUACCUAUAAGCUUGCCUUCUACGCAUGCCAUGUGAGUUCCCUUGUGAAUAAGGCAUCGGACAGCGGUGCUGAUGACAAAGAAGUUGAAUAUCAGGGUCCAAACGACCAAGAGGUUUUCUUGAACUCCUUGUCUGACUCUGAAGUAUCACAGCUUAAGGAUAUGGUGAAGGAUGAACAUGUUUAUGAUAAGCUUGUCCGUUCCGUUGCUCCCGCUGUAUUUGGCCACGAGACUAUCAAGAAAGGUGUCUUGUUGCAAAUGCUUGGUGGUGUACACAAAAAGACCGUUGAUGGUAUCAACUUGAGAGGUGAUAUUAAUAUCUGUGUUGUUGGUGAUCCUUCUACCUCUAAAUCGCAGUUUUUGAAGUACGUUUGUGGUUUCUCCCCAAGAGCUGUGUACACCUCUGGUAAGGCUUCCUCUGCUGCUGGUUUGACCGCUGCAGUGGUUAAGGAUGAAGAGAGUGGUGAGUAUACUAUUGAAGCUGGUGCUUUGAUGUUGGCUGACAACGGUAUUUGUGCCAUUGAUGAGUUUGACAAAAUGGAUCUUGUUGACCAAGUCGCCAUUCACGAAGCUAUGGAACAACAAACAAUUUCCAUCGCUAAGGCCGGUAUCCACGCUACCUUGAAUGCUCGUACCUCUAUCUUGGCUGCUGCAAACCCUAUCGGUGGUAGAUACAACAGAAAGUUGGGAUUGCGUGCCAAUUUGAAUAUGACUGCUCCUAUCAUGUCCAGAUUCGAUAUGUUUUUCGUUGUGUUGGACGAUUGCAAUGAGAGAGUCGAUACUCAAUUGGCUGCUCACAUUGUUGAUUUGCACAUGUUGAAGGACGAUGCUAUUGAUCCACCUUAUUCUGCUGAGCAGUUGUCCAGAUACAUCAAAUACGCCAAAACCUUCAAGCCCCGUAUGACAAAAGAAGCCAGGGACUUCUUGGUUGCCAAGUACAAGGAAUUAAGAAGCGAUGAUGCUCAAGGUCUUGGAAGAUCUUCCUAUAGAAUUACAGUGAGACAGCUAGAAUCUAUGGUUAGAUUGUCUGAGGCUAUUGCUCGUGCAAACUGUACCGAAGAGAUUACUCCUACAUUCGUUUCCGAGGCAUAUGACUUGUUGCGUCUGUCUAUCAUCAGAGUUGAAAUGGAUGACAUUCAAAUUGAUGAAGAUGAUGGAGAUGGAGAGACCAUGGAUGUUGAAGAAGAAGAGCCUAACGCAGAGGUUGAGGAGGUUCGUGAAGGCCUCGAAUCUUCGUACCCUGCUCGUCAGGAAAGAAGUCAGCCAAAGGUGAGCAUCACUUACGAUAAAUACGUUGCCAUGAUGAACCUAAUAGUGAAGAAGGUUUCUGAUGACGAUGCUGCUGGCGGAGACGGCUUGACAAAGGAAGAGAUUGUCGACUGGUACUUGCACCAAAAGGAAGAUGAAAUCAACACAGAACAGGAAUUCCACAACGAAAGAACUUUGGCAUACAAGGUGUUGAAGAGGUUGGACAAGGACCGUAUCUUGAUGAGCGUCACCCAUAAUCUUAAUGAAGAGGCCCUUCCAGAAGAUGAAUAUGAGAGAGAGCAACAAGCAAGCCGUACGGUGUAUAUCAUACAUCCAAAUUGUGCUAUCAUGGAUUUCUUUGACAACCAGACAAGGCCAGAGGAACAAGAAACAGGGGAGGAGUAA